GUCUGACGUGACAAUCGACAAUCGACAUUGAUCGACAUUCAUUUUAGCGGUGGCUUGUGGACGCCAUUUAAUUUCCACUGCUUGCUUGUGUUAAUAAAGUAUUUAGUAUUAGUAAGUACUUAGGCGUACAAUUUAAUAUUUCUUAAAUUAAUUUGAAUUUUUGGUAUAAGUCGUUUUACAUAUAAAUUAUCAUGUCUGAAGUUGAGAGUAGAAAGCUUGCAGAUUUACGCGUUAUAGAUUUAAGAUUGGAAUUAGAAAGAAGGGGACUGGACAAAAAUGGCGUGAAACAAGCUCUACUUGAAAGAUUGACGAAGCAUUUGACAGAUCAAGGUUUUGAUCCAGCCACAUACAUCUUCAAGAAAAAUGAACAAAAUGAAGCGUUUGAAGACACUGAGGAAGAUGGUAAGAGUAAAAAGAGUAAUGAGGGAUCCAAGAAGGUUACUGAUGGACAUGAUUCUCCAAUUUUACUUAGUUUAGAGGAAGAUGAGGGAGCAAAUAAUGCAGAUAAGAAGAAAAGAGAAGAUAGUAACCAGUCAUCAUCAGGACAAGCAUCUUCAGGAACAACCAAUGGAGAGAAUAGUGAAAAUAGAGCUCGGGAUAGCAAAAAUGAGAAGAAGCUUGGGUCAAAAAGUAAUCCCACGGUCGUUUGGAUUAGCAAUCUUGCUGAAAACACUCGGGCAAGUGAUUUAAAACAAGCUCUAUCUGCUUGUGGUAGAGUAACAGGAGCCAAAAUUGUCGUCAACGCAAGAUUCCCAGGGUCUUGUUGCUUUGGUUACGUAACCAUGGGUUCUGUAGAAGAUGUUGAAAAUGUCAUCGAAAAAUUAAACAAUACAGAGUUAAAAGGUCAAAUGAUCAAGAUUGAGAAAUAUGAUUUGGUCAGAGCGGUUCAGUUGAAAAAGAAUGAGAAAUCACAAACUAGUUCAAAAGACACCCAGCCAAAAGUAAAGAAUCCUAAAAAAGAUGAUAAAUCUGAGAAAAAAGGUGAAGGUAAAAAGACCGAUUCUGAAACACCUGUUGGUAGAAGUGAAGCAGAUAGAGCGAGAUCCAGAGGCAGAAGAGAUUCGAGGGAUAAGCUUUCAGUUCGUCCGCAUUCCAGGGUUCGCCAUGAACGGGAUGUUUUAACUUUCGAUAAAAUUCGUGAAGAACGUGAUAGACAAAGAUUACGUGAAAAAGAAAGAAUACUUCGUGACGAAAUUAGACGUAGACGAGAAGAAGCUUCACGUAAUAGAGAAGUUGAAAGAAGACAACAAAUAGAAGCUCGCAGACUCGAGAGAGAGAAGAAAAAACUGGAAGUCGAAAAAGAGCGAAUUGCGCGUGAAAAAGUAGCAUUGGCAAGGAUUGAACGGGAAGCACAUUGGGAGAAGCAAAAAAAAAUGGAGUAUGACAUGACAAAUAUGUACGAAAAGGAUAUGGACAGAAGAGUUAGUAAAAGGUCUGCACCUUUUCGUCGGGAAGAAUUUGAAAGGAAGAGACCAGCAUAUGAUAGACAUUUCAAUGAGCCGCCUCCACCUCCAAGUCUAAAAACCAGGGAAGCCAGUCCACAAAGCUUCAGUAGUCGUUCAAAGGAACUUUACACGAAAAGUGUAAAAUACUCUGUGCCAAAGCGAGAUUCACUUUAUCCUGAAAAACGUAGGGAAUAUGAUAUUGGACGUCCUCCUAUAAUGGGUAGACAGGUGGCUGAUUCAUAUGAAAGCAGAGAUGCUAGAGCUGUUGGGCAUCCAAGAUCAAAAGAGGCGCGGUUUGAAGCCCCUAACAGAGAUACAGGCAGGGAGCGUAGCCCACAUUUCAGAUCUGGAAGAGAGGAGAGAAGACCAGUUAAUAUGAAAUUAGAUAUGCCAUCUGGACCAUCUAGAGAUGUGGGCCAAAGAAACAUUGAAAAUAGAGCUGGACCUGUACCUUGGGCAAAUAAUCCUCACAAGCCUAUUGGAUCAAACACUGCACCAAAAUUCUUCGAGAAAGAACCUUGGAGACCAAAUGAUUUUCCAAGGUGGUCUUCUCAAAUCACCCCAUCGAGACCAUUUGGAAAUAUGGGAGGACCUGUAUGCCCCCCUCCACCAACAAUCAACACCUAUCCUGAUUCGCGUUUUAAUUCAGGCAUUAGAAAGUAUUAAUUUCUAAAUGUAAUUUUAUCUGUUUUUUAAUCAUGUAAUGUAAAAUUAAAUAAUAAUUGAAUCUUGUAAUUUAAAAUAAAUUAAUAAAUCAGCUAGCUUUAGAUGA